UGAUUGUCGGCCAGUUAUCAGUGAGCUCUUGCAUUGAUAUUUUUGAGUUGACCUAAGUCCAGCUUCUUCAUUAAAUAAAAGAUGGCAUUGAAGAUAUCUCAAAUAACUUUUGAACUGAAAAUUCCAAACAUAAAUAAGCUAGAAAACUUUUGUUCACCUGAGGUCAUUAUUCAAAGUGUCCCAUGGAAAAUUCUCGUCGGCAAAGAGCUGCAUGGAACAAAACAGUGGCUUGCCAUAUAUUUGCAUUGCAUAAAGGAAGAUUUAUCCCCAGAUUGGUCUUACGCAGCAAUUAGUUCAUUUAAAUUGAAACCAUUUGGCGGAGAUCAACGAUCGGUUGAGUGUCACGUUCAGCCAUUUAUUUUUGAUCGAAUGGACCUUGGCUUUGGCACAGGCACAUUUGUAGAGUGGAAUGACGUAUUUGACCCGAAAAAGAACUUUGUGAAAAACAACAUGAUCAAAAUGGAUAUUACGAUCGAAGUGGCUGAUCCAAGUGAUGUGAAUAAAAGUGAACUGAUAUUUGAACAUGCCCAAAAUAAUUUUUACUUCAGUAAAUUCCGAUUAAAUGUUACCAAUAUCCAAAAUUUGAUGGCAGUCCGAUCGCCGAGUUUUACAUUGCAAAAAGUACCUUGGUAUCUCACAGUUUGCAAGGAUCAUUCAUCUAAUCUUGUUGUUCGUUUGCAUUCAAACAGUGAAAUAUCAUGGAAGAAAAGAAUGGUUGUUAGACUUGUGUCGACUCAAAAGUGUAGAAGGUCAAUUCAACAAGUUAAGAGUGUAAAUGUUCCACCUGGAGGCAUUUUAUCGACGACAAAAUUUGUCUCAUUGAAUAAGUUACUAACGGCACAAAACGGAUUUGUCAAUAAUAAUUCAAUCUUGAUCGAAGUUGAAAUCAUUUCAGAGGUGUUCAGUUCAAAUGAUAGAUCCUUGGACAUAAGAACAGUUGAGUCUGUAAAAGGUGAUGACCACGUUUGGAUGGAAUGUGCCAUUUGCUUGGAACGAAUGGAUAAUCAAGAAGUGUCGUCUCUUUUAUGCGGCCAUUUGUUUUGUUCAAAGUGUAUUAAAUACUCACUUGAAGAGUGCAAAGUCUGUCCAUUGUGCAAAGCUCCAGUCAACUUGUAUGAGUUGCGUCGUGUUUAUCUACCAUUUAUUUCUUUAACAGUGUGAAUGAAUGAAAGCAGCAGUUUAUAAAAUUGGUACACAUUCUAAUGCUUAAGCUUUAAUUGCACUCAUCUAUGUUGAUUGCAAAUGAACUAAGAAGAAAAAAAUAUUAAUGAAUAACAUAAGCUUCCUCCAUAAAAGAAAUACAAUAAUAUAUAGUAUACUGUAUAGUAACUUUUCUGUAUUACAUUUUCGCUGAUUCCAAAAUACUUCUAUCGUAUAUAAAUUGAGGUGAGUAUUUUUGACAGGUAAACAGAUAAGCUCGUAUCAAUUUUGAUUGAGUGGCAACAAUUUUUGACAUUUUUUUCGAAUCAGUCACACUUGAUCUUCGGCUGGAAAACGUUUGAUUAUAAAUCUAAAAAUAACGACACAAAACUACAAAGCCGAUUUUGAAUAGUUCUGGAAUAUUCAUUGACAAAUAGUAAACACGCAUUUGAUUAGUCCAAAAAAUGUGCUGAAAGACAUCAUUAUCAUCAAUACUUUACUGAACUUUAACUAUACCACCAGACAAAAUUUGUAUGAAAAAAAAAAUUUUUGUUCAAGAUAUCUUAUUUUUGCAUUAUUCUUAAGAGAGAAAAAACAUCCAUUGUACCAAAAAUCUCAACUUUUCUUCCCUGUGUGUAUAGGUACUUGAACUAGUUCUUUUUAUAGGAACUUGAAGUUUGCUAGACUUUUCCUAAGAGAAGAAUUACCCGUUUAUUUCUUUGUACAACUAUAAAACCUACAGAUUAACACUUUCUUAUCUAUUGAUUUGAUUAUUUAUUUGAUUCGGCGAUGGAAUCUUGAUUAAUUUAACGAUAGAAAAAUAAACAUCUAAAAAAUCAUUUAUACGUGUCUUGAUAGCAACGAACAACAGAAAUUAUUUGAUGGGUUGUCUUAUCAUCGCUGCCAAAAUUGAUUUAAUAAUUCUGCUAGUCUUCAGAAAACAACGAAAUAAUGUAUUUUUUCCACGUACAAAAGACUUCGCUCGCAUUCUUUUUGGUGAUGAUAUAGUGCCAAAACAGUGUGAAGAAUGGAAAAAAUCACUGAAACUGUAUAUUUUAAAGACUUGAAAUCAUUUCGUUGGAAGUUAUUCCAUUACAGAGACGAUAAAGUGUCUCAUUCGAUAUUAUUUCAAAAAGCAUUAUUUCCAUUAUUUCGUGUAGGAAAUUGUAAUCGCUGACUAUGAACUACAAAAUUUGAGUUUUUCUUUUUAACUUCUGAUCGUAGAGUUGACUUUAAUUUUUCUUCCAGUUGGAUGGUGAAAUACAAACAGAAGUAUAUCUUCAUAUGCCGCAUUUAUCGCCCGAGGAAUUUCCAUCUAUUCGCGAAAAAGACGACCGAUUUUGGGACCUCAGUCGCUUCUUUAUUUGUUUAAUUUACGGAAAUGAGGCGUGUUUUCUUGCAGGCAUGAAAUUGAUAGUUGAAAAGCCAAAUGAUCUAUGUAUGCUGUUCGCAUCUACAGAAUUUCUCUUGUGGCAACUUGAACAAUGGAUAGGUCCUUCAGUGUCUCAAACUUUUCACUUGGCACUUGAGAAGCUAAUGUCAUCAGGAGUUUUACACCCAUCGUAGACUGAUAUAAUUGAAAAUUACCGAAAAUAUUUCCAACAAUUUCAGGGAAGAAAAUAUGAAAAUAUCGUAGCUUUGAUCAACACUAUUUUACCUGAAGCGAAAUUCCGCCAUCAAAAGUCGAUGGAGUAUUUUGAUCAUGAACAAUGCUUGGACAUUUUAAUCGACUGGAAUAUCAAUGUAAAAUCUCAACUUCACCAUACGGUUUUAUACCACGCUGUUUAAAGCAAUAAUCUCAACGCAGUUCGUAAAUUACUAAACAACGGCUCAUUUCUCGGUACGGCCACCAAUUUGUAUGAUCCAAGUGUGUGUCGUAUCGAUUCAAAGGCACUGAACGAUUAUUUUGAUAGCUGCAACACAAAGUGUGAGGAAGACGAUCGUUUCAUUGAAAUUGAUUUGAAAAAUUUGAUAGCGAAGCUGAAAGAUUGCAAAAGCUUUGACGGCUCGUGUGCUGAUGAAAUGAAGGCCAUCGAAGGUAUGACUACAAGCACCUACUGAUUCAUCCUUUGAUUGCGACUUUUGUACUUUUGAAACGGAAUCGACUGGCAUUUGUGUUGUAGAAUGACUUCGUGAUGUAUUCUCUAUUUGCUUUAUCUGCAUUUGGAUACAUUUUGGCGGAUUUUAACGAGGUGAAUUUUGUCAAGAACAUAUUGAACAUUUCAACGAUUGUGCUUACCGUGUACUUCAUCGUGCGAAGAGCAUUACAUAAAAUUGUUGGAAGUUCAAUUUCACAUUGCUAAGUACUCUUCAAUGUGUUCACACCGGUACUGGUGUCAUUAUUUCUACUUGAGGUUUUGGAAUGUUAUCGAUCAAUAUUCGCAUCAUUGUGCAUUUUAUUAAUAGCAAUUGAGCUCUUCAUCGUGGCUGGGUCAUUAUUUUGGUCAUUCUCCAAGUAUUAUGUCAUGUUUUUAGACGUCACCUGGAGUUCGAUAAAGAGUUUGCAGCUGUGUAUCAUUCUUAUGCCGGCAUUUUUGUUGGUGUUCUAUCUGUUAUUGCGAGACCAUGGAAUUAGUUCGAAUAUUAGACAAGAAAAUGGUCAAACAAGUGAUGAAUUAUACGAUUCAACCUAUCCGUUUGGAGAAUUUAGUUCGUCGAUUAUAAAAGUGUUUACAAUGAGUGUCGGUGAAUUCGAGGGCAUCGACAGUCACUAUGACUCAAAUAUUCUGAUUUCAUGUUUGUUCGUUGGAUUUCUGUUUUUGAUAACGACGUGUUUUAUGAAUUUAAUGAACGGCCUGGCUGUUAGUGACACCGAGAAGAUCCAAGCGAAUGCUGCAGCCAUCAGCAUCACACAAAGAUUCUAUGUUUUGGCUAACUAUGAAGUGGUCAAAUUGCAUAACCACGAUUGGUUUCGGUGAGUUUGAUCUUUUGAUUUCGACUCAUUUUCAUCGAAUCAUUGCAAAGUUUCUGACUUCAAUGGUUAAUAUUAUAUAACUGUAACAAUUCACAUUUAUUCGCCAAUUGCUCCCAAAUAAACAUCCAUUUCGAUCGUUUGCAGGAAAUCAUUCAACGGCACUUGGGUCAUGAGAUUAUAUGAACAUUUAACGAGUAUCAAUUCUCUCGAAACACUGCGUCAUCCAUUAAAUACGAAAAUCUACAUUCGGCCAGAUAACAAAAUUUUGAUUUUAAAGAAAGACUGGAGGACAGUUGAGCAAGAUUCACCGGUCUUUGAACAAAAUGGAACGUAUUUGUACAGCUGGGUCAGCAAUUUAUCAUUUUCGAAGAAAUUUCUUCGUGUACACCCAAAUAUUAUGCGGUCAAUUAGAAAGAGAUUGGAAAUAACAGAUACAAAACAGCAAGAAGACAAUGAAAGUAAUCAGCUUAAGGGUCGAAUAAUCCAAAUGGAGUUAAAAUUAGAGCAAAUUAUGCAAAUCUUGGAGCAAUAUGAUGAAACAACGACGAAUAAUUUUGAAAUGAUUAUACAAAAAUUCGAGAAAAAUUAGAUAAAAAUGAUGAAGAAAUGAAAAUAGAACUCGCUAAAUUUCUCACGAACCAAAUGGUGUAAAACAAAAUGAUUUUUUCAAAAAUUCAAUUGGUUUGAAAUAAAACUCUCUUAAUUU